AUGGCGCAAUCUCGUCAUGUACUCGAACGAAUUCAAGAGUGGAAGACUAACUUUGAGAAGCAGGGUGAAGCAAAAUUAACGGAAAUUCGGCGAUUGAUUAAUAUAAAUGAUAUUCUUGAGACGUAUUUCCGGGAAAUUGAUCAGCUGCCAGAAAAUGAACCAUCAUCAUUUCUGCGAUUUGACGGAAUUACUAGAUCAGAUGUAAUGGGCUUUGAACUGUGGAAAAAUGAUGAAAUUGUUAAUGUAAUUACUGUUAUUGUUAGUUUUCAGGAACUCCGCAAAAGCAAUUUUUAUGAAUUUAUUUCGAGAUGUGAGACUACUGGCACUAUUGUUGAUGAGCCUGUCGCUGAACCUAGUGUUAGUCGAGAAACUGAAAACAGAUCCAAAAUGGAACAGAAAUCAAACACUUGGACAAAUCGGCUUCGAGGGCCACGAAAAUUAGUUCCAAAGCCAUCUCACACACUGUCGAACAUAAAGACUCCAGCGUCCAGAAAUCCCAAACCCAUUGUAUUGAAAACACCGGCUGGAAAUGUCCGCGUGCCGCGGGCUAUAACGCCAAAAGUUCAAGAUGGUGAUGAUAUUAAGUUUCGUGCUUUGCGUCGAGAGGAAGUCGCAUUCUCAGUUGCUGGCACACCAGUAGUUGCAGGAAACGAAACGGAGGGCGAUGAAAAUAUCUUCCUUGUCAAUGAGCUACUUCAUGCAAGAGAUGAGGAAUUAACUCCAACAUCUCGGAACGUGGUGCAAGGAAUGAAACGACUGAUCGGUCGAAUCCGUACCAGUGAAAUUCCUGAGCAUUUCUAG